GUGCGGCAUUCCGCCCGACUCGGGUUAGUGAGACUAAACGAAAGCAGCGCGCCGGAGAAGGCCAAGGCGUCUAGGUUGCGGUGGGCUUCGAGAACCGCCUCCUGCUUGAGGAUCUCGAUCUUUCACAGAGGCUUCUCCACUGUUAUUAAGGAUUUGAAAUAUGCUGACACGCAUGAGUGGGUUAAAGUUGAUAGCUCUUCUGCAAUGAUAGGAAUAACCAGGUAUCCUCAGGAUCACUUGGGUGAUGUUGUAUAUGUUGAAUUGCCAUUAGUUUCUGGAGCUGUGGCUCAGGGAAAGAAUUUUGGUGCAGUUGAAAGUGUGAAGGCAACCAGGAAGGUCAAUUCUCCAGUUUCUGGAGAAGUGGUUGAGGUCAACACUGAGCCAAAUGGUUCUCCUGGAUUGAUGAGUUCUUUAGACAAGUUGUUUUCCACCAGUACUUUAUUUAAGAGAAACAAUGCCUUCACCUAGUUGUCAUGUUAUUUUUGGGAACCAUACACAUAUGAACAAGCCAGAAUGCUUUUUCCCAGUUUAUACAGUCUUUUUGUGUGUCA